UAUAACAACCAAUCCAUACCCUAACUUACAAAAAAACAUGGCUUCAAUGCUUUGGGUGGUCUUUUUUGCUGCUUGCAUGAGCUUCCCACCAGAAAUUAUCAAUGCACAAGCACCAGCUGCCUCACCUUCUACUUUGCCUGCAGCCACGCCUCCACCUUCCACAGCCACGCCUCCUCCUUCAACCGCCACGCCUCCACCUUCCACGGCCACACCUCCACCUUCAACUGCACCAACUGUAGCAACACCAGCAGCAAGCACUCCUAUAUCUUCUCCAUCUCCCAAGGUUGCACCAGCUACGGCGCCUGUAGUACCACCCCCUCAAAUUCCCCCACCAAGUCCUCCAGUUGCAGCACCAUCACAACCACCAGCAUUGCCGCCACCAGCUGCUGCACCUUCACCUGCUUCACCACCACCACAGGUACCCCCAGCUCCGGCCCAAGCACCACCAGUACCAGCCCCUUCACCAGCUAAGGAAGUACCAGCACCAGCACCAAUUACACUGCCACCUAUAUCUGUGCCCUCACCUGCACCUGCUCCUACCAAGCACAAGAAGAAAAGACGACACAAGCACAAGAGGCAUCAUGCACCAGCUCCAGCACCAACUGUCAAAAGUCCCCCAGCACCACCUGCACUGACAGAUACCGAGGAAACCACACCGGCACCAUCGCCAACUUUGAAUCUGAAUCGAGGAAGUGCAUUGUAUCACCAAGGAGGAUCUGGAAAUUGGGUGAAGAUUGGACUGACUAUCUCCAUUCUACUGGCUUUUACUGGCUACAGGUUCUAGCAAUCAUAUGAUGAACCAUAGAUUUGCAUUCACAGACGAGAAUUGUUGCAUAUAAAAAGGAUUCAACAUUCAAGGAUUUCUUAUGAAAAACGUGAGGGCUAUACAGAGACAAAAUUUCCAGACGUUUUUGUAUUCCAUUAAUUAAUUUUUAUACUAUUCAAUAAAGAUGAAUUUCAUUA